GUCUAUAAAAGUCAUCGCUGUCGCUUCCCAUCCUCAAGCUUCUCUUAUCUAGGGUUUUAACAACCCCCACCUCUCUCUCUCUCGAUCCACGCGAAUCUCCCAGCGUAAAACCUACUACCAUGGCCGAAGAGGUGCAGUACGGUGCGGAUUCUCUCAACAACAAGCGCAAGUACGAGGACCAGACCACUCCGCCGCGGCGGUCCACCGGCUUCUCGGCCGCGAUCCCGUCGCAGUCGCCGCCUGAUUCGGGCAACGCGCCGCCGCCCGCCUCCUACAACAGUGUCCCGCCGCCUGUGGGCGACUUUGAGCUCGCGAAGCAGCGCGCGCAGGAGAUUGCUGCCCGUAUCUUCAGCAACGCCGAGGCGAAGCGACCUAGGGUUGAGAAUGGGGGCUCUGGCUUCGAUUCCACUGAUAAUGUUGUACAGAAGCCUAUGAUUUCAAAUAUGCCUCCCUCAUCCAUACCUGUACUGUAUGGGUACCAGGGACAGGGAGCAAGCAAAAAGAUCGAGAUACCAAAUGGCCGAGUUGGUGUGAUUAUUGGGAAAGCUGGAGAAACCAUUAAAUAUCUUCAACUUCAAUCUGGGGCUAAGAUUCAAGUCACAAGGGAUAUGGAAGCAGACCUUAAUUCCCCAAAUAGGCCGGUUGAGCUUACAGGUACUCCAGAUCAAAUUGCAAAGGCUGAGCAAUUGAUUCAGGAAGUUCUUUCUGAGGCUGAAGCAGGGGGUUCUGUUGGUAACCGGAGGGUACCUGGACAGCAAUCUGGUGAGCAGUAUGUAACAAAAAUCCCAAACAACAAGGUCGGUCUGGUCAUUGGUAAAGGAGGUGAGACCAUAAAAAACAUGCAAGCUACUUCUGGUGCUCGUAUUCAGGUUAUUCCCUUGCACCUCCCCCCGGGUGACCCUUCAACAGAGAGGACGUUACAGAUAGAUGGGACCAAUGAACAGAUUGAGGCUGCAAAACAGUUGGUCAAUGAGGUUAUCAGUCAGAAUCGGCCCAGAAAUCCAGGAAUGGGUGGAGGAUAUUCACAGCAAGGCUACCAAACCCGACCUCCAAUGCAACAAACCGGCUAUGGUUACGUGCAGCCCGGAGCAUAUCCUGGGCCCACACCACAGUACAAUGUGCCUCAGCAACAAUACCCUGGGUAUCCACCUCAGCCAGCUUCUGGUGGUUAUGCAACUGGGUGGGACCCAACAACUGGUGCACCGAAUCAGCAGACCUCUCAGGGUGGUGGUUUCGAUUACUACGGCCAGCAGCAGCAAGCCAGCAGUGGUCCCACAGCCUCUGUAGAUAAUGCCAGUUAUGGUUACAGUCAGCCACCUGCUUCUGGAUAUAAUACACAGGGUCAGGGUUAUCCUCAGGAGGGAUAUGGGGGAUAUCAGGCACCUGCUCCACAACCCGGAUAUGGUCAACCUGCUCAGGGGUAUGAUCAGCAGCAAGCUUAUACUACAACAGCUCCUGUACAGGGGGAUACCAGCCAAGCACCACAAGGAUACACCACCACUGCUCAGCAACCUAGCCCUAAUGCUGCUAGUUAUCCGCCUCAAGGAUCAACCCAGCCGGGUUAUGGAGUCCCCGCUUCUCAACCCGGUUACGGGACUCAACCACCCUCUGGAUAUGGCCCCAACUACGGACUGCCUCAGGCUCAGAAACCUCCAGGCAGUCAGCCCGCUUAUGGGCAGCAGCCCCAACAGCCCCAACAAUCACCUACUGCCCAAGGAGGCUAUGCCCAGCCUGGAUAUCCUCAGUCUCAGGGGCCUCCUGCUCAAGCGGGUUAUGGUCAACCAGAUUCUGGUGCCCAGAGGGCCCCGCCUUCCAGUUAUGGUGCUGCAGGAUACGGCGCCCCGCCUUAUGGUGCACCUCCGGUGGCCCAGCCAGGAUAUGGGCAGCAGCCGCCAUACAACAGCUCUUAUGCGGGUGGUUAUUCGCAGCCUCCAGCUUAUUCUGCUGAUGCUGCACCAGCUUCUCAGGCUGUUCAGCCUGCUGGAGUCACCAAAGCUUCGCCACAGAGUUGAUGCGUAGCUAGGGAAUGAAUUAUGGUCGUAUUGACAUUUUGGUGCUUAUUGUGUUUUUUCUGUUUGUAGUGUUUUAAUUAGUUACAGUCGGGUUUUGUACUUGUAUCAGACCUAUGCGUUUUCUUUUAUUGGUACAAUUUAGACCUAUGCAAUUUCAGGAUAUGCUUUGAGAUCCCUGUUUGUGGGUGGCA